AUGCAUGCCGUCUCCGUCAAUCCAGGGGCUCCGAAGAACGGUCUCGAGAUGCCGACAGAAGCGGUGCACCGGUCCAAGUGGUCAGCCCGGCGCCGGGACGAGCCCGAGGACGCUUACGACCGCUUCCUUGGCCGGGGAUUCGGCAGCGCUCCACCCCGCCGAACGUCACGAGACUCAUCGAAUCGCCGUCGAGCGACGCCUGCAGAAUCAGCGUCAGCGCUGGCAACAAGUGCGCCGCGUACGUCAAGCCUCCGACCAACGCCGGGAGGCUACACUGGCGGUUACCAUUCUGGCCGCAAGCAGCUGCCGCACCGUCGCUCCUGA